AUGGCUUCAAAAUCUUAUUUAAUUUUAGGAACUGUUCUUCUUUUAAGUGCGAUGGUUUUAUAAUAUAAAAGUGAUACACAAUUAGCUAAUAAUCAUAGCUCUUGGAUGUUGAAAUAUAAUAAAUAAUAUUACUCAGUGCUUGAAUAAGAGUAUAAAAAUAUUGAUUGUUUUUAGAUAUAGAAGAUAAGUAUUUGAGUAAAAUGUUAAAUUUAUUGAAGAAACAAACUAAAAGCAAAAUGAUUUUGUGUUGGAAAUUAAUGAACAUGCUGAUUUAACAUCAGAAGAAUUUUCAAUAUAAUAUUUACAUUACGAUCAUCAAUUUUCAAAUGAGCAAACAACAAAAUAGUAAAUAAAAGAGAAUAAUUUAAAUUAAGAAAUAAAUUGGUCAAAAUAUGCUGGAGGUGUUAAAAACUAAGGAUAAUGUGCUUCAUAUAUCUUUUAAACAUUGGAUCUUUUGGAUGCAAAUAAUAAAAUUAUUAAUAAUAAUUAUAAUCAAUUAUCUUAACAGGAUUUAAUUGACUGUUCUGGUUCAUAUGGUAAUAAAGGAUGUUAAGGAGGUUUUGUUUCUAAUACAUUAAAUUAUGUUAAAGACAAAGGUUUAGCCUAUGAAAAAGAUUAUCCUACAACUUCAACUAGUGGAAUCUGCAAGAAUGUUUAAAGAUCAUUCCAUAUCUCAAAUUACAUUACUAUAAGCAAUUGUGAAGAUCUUAUUAAAGCUUUGACUAAUUCAACAGUCACUGUAGCAGUUGAUGCAUCUUCUUGGUAAUUUUAUAAAAGGUAAGAAUAUAUUUUACAAUUUUAGUGGUAUUUUGACAUAAUGUGGAACCUCUUUAAAUCAUGGUGCAUUGUUAAUUGGAAUUAAAAAUGAUGGAGUUUGGACACUUAAAAAUACUUGGGGAUCAAGUUGGGGAGAAUAAGGAUUCAUUAGAUUAGGAGCAGGUAAUACUUGUGGAUUAUGCAAGUAUGGUUUGCAAUAAGUAUUUUGAA